AUGGAAUCAGUUGACAGUAGCUGGGAAAUAAAAGAUCUCGAAAGUGUCUUAAUGACAACCGAUGGCCUCAUGUUGGCAAGACAGCUGGUUGCCUUGCAGAGGGCAGGGCUUGACGGUCUGAACAUCAGCUUAGACACCCUGCAGUCCCAACGCUACAACCAGAUCACGAGGAGGAAAGGCUGGGAGCGUGUCAUGGUUGGCAUAGAUCUAGCCUUGCAACUUGAAUACGACCCUGUGAAGAUAAAUUGUGUUGUAAUGCGAGGUUUUAAUGAAGAUGAAGUGUGCAGUUUUGUGGAGUUAACAAAAGAGAAAAAUGUUGAUGUAAGAUUUAUCGAGUACAUGCCUUUCAGCGGCAACAAAUGGAAUGAUGGGAAGAUGGUCUCAUUUAGUGAAAUGGUCCAAAUAAUUAGAAAGCAGUGGCCUAAUUUUGAUCCUCUGCCCAAUGGGCCCAAUGAUACCUCAAAGGCAUGCCAUGUCCCGGGCUUCAAGGGACGUGUGGGAUUUAUUACCUCAAUGAGUGAACACUUCUGUGGCACGUGCAACCGUUUACAGAUAACAGCUGAUGGCAAUUUGGAGGUGUGUCUCUUUGGGUAUUCAGAGAUAUCUCUCAGAGAUGCAAUACGAAGCAAAUGCAGUGAGGAUGACUUGCUUGCCAUGAUUGGGGCAGCAGUGAGAAGAAAGAAGAAAAUUGUCACCCGAUGUCCAAAAUCGAUAAAUUUUAUAUCUCUGCACAGAGAAGCAGCUGGUUGCUCAUUGUCAUCUGUGGUGCUAAUCAAUGGGUCGAGCUCGUUGCUGGCACAGCGCCACCUCAGAAUAUUUACCAGUGGUAAAGAUGAAAUUGGGUUGAUUGUACUUGGUUCUGACAAGACACAGAAUCCACUUGGUUACCCAAAUGUGAGUGUGGAAUUUCCUCUUGCACUGCCUACAUGGCAGAUGAUAUCCUUUGUGGAGAAAGCUUUACAUGAAAGUGAAAUAAAAACAGAUUGGAUAGAUGGUGUUGUUGUUGGCAUGCAAGUCUUGAAAGAUGAGCUAGCGUGCCUUGAAGAAAAUAAAAGAUCUCGAAAGUGUCUUAAUGACAACCGAUGGCCUCAUGUUGACAAGACAGCUGGUUGCCUUGCAGAGGGCAGGGCUUGA